UAGAAGCUUGGCAACAGAGGGAGUGGACUGAAUCGUCCUGUGAGAAAUGCUGGCACCAGCAAAGCAGCUUUGAAAGCUUGCACGAGCCGCGUCGCGUUCACAGAGCCUUCAGAACCACCACCUCAUCAAAAUGGCUCUCUCGACAGCUUGUCAGGCAGUCUCCAGGGGCUCCCUGACUGGUCUCCUUGUCCCCACACAAUUCAAAGCAGCUCGAACGCAAGCCCUCCCUUCGUCUCCAUGUCAAAGGUUUGCUAGCAAGGAAGUUUCGCGCCUGACUAGCCUUCCUUUAUUAAGAGGGACCGCAAAAGUAGCAUUUGGUUGGGGCAAGGGUCAGGCAAAAGCACCCCGGGAAUUGAAGGUCUUGGCAGUUUCCGAGGAGACAGAGGAGGCAAAGGCAGUGGAAGCUGAGGAGGAAGCAGAGGCGCCGGAGGAGGAGACUGCUGAGGUGCAAGAUGAGCCUGGGAAGAUGACGCAGCUGCUGAGGGCGUACAGGGACGCAGUGGUGGCAGAUGACGAGGAUGUAGCGGAAGCGCUGGAGGAGCAGCUGCGGGCGCUGGAGGGGAGCAGCAGCAGCAGCCGGGCGGAAGAGCUCACAAAAGAAAUGGAAGUCCUUAAGGAUAGGUACCUCCGGCUGAACGCCGACUUCGACAACUUCCGGAAGCGCUCAGACCGCGAGAAGGCGUCGCUCGCGAGCAGCGUGCGGGGCGACGUCAUCGAGGAGCUGCUGCCGAUGAUCGACAACUUCGAGCGCGCGCGGGACGCCGUGAAAGCGUCCACGGAGGGGGAGCAGAAGAUCGACGCGAGCUACCAGGGCAUCUACAAGCAGUUCGUCGACAUCCUGAAAAAGCUGGGCAUCGUGCCAGUGCCCGGCGCCGGCACGCCCUUCGACCCCGCGGUUCAUGAAGCCAUCAUGCAAGAGGAGUCAAACGAGUAUGCCGAGGGCAUCGUUACCCAAGAGUUCCGGAAAGGUUUUCAAAUCGGUGAAAAACUGCUUCGGCCAGCUAUGGUGAAGGUAUCAUCUGGGCCGGGGCCGGCUUCGAAAAAGAACGGUUCGGAUUAAGAGGAUGCGUUCGGAAGCUCAUUUGAGUCUCAUGAGUUAACAGUAUUCUUGUGUGGCACGAAGAUAAGGUUCGGCGCUCAGCAUGAUACACCUUGUCCUCGUAGUCUGGCUCUAGGAGGCGACGAUUUUUUGUGAGUGUAGUUUAUGGCGAUUGCAAGACUAGGACACUGAUCAUUGGAAACGACAAGUCCCUUCGCAGAUAUUACUAUAAAAAAGCGAACAGUAUUUGUGCAUGCUAUAUCCGUCUUUCCAACUGGCAAAACGUCAAGAUCGGUCUCAUGCAUUUGUCAUUGCAGUUGUAGG